AUGCCCCAGCAUGGCUUGGUGGAAGGUGUCGCUCCGUGUUUUCAAGGGUGGCUUCAAAGAGCAUACCGAGAGGACGUGACCAUCUCAAUGACUUGGGACUAUAGGAAAGGUGGCGGAACCAGUGGUUGGAGCAACCUCUUUGCACACGCCGGCAUCAACCCGCUAGACAUGAUCGAUUAUGGCGGCCCUGAGGCACGGAUAUUUCCUGCUGUCAGUGGUAGCCUCGGCCCUGGUGAAGCUCCUCGACUUGCUGACAUGGUAUUUGAAGGUGGGAGGGUCAGUUACGGCUUCACCAGGAAUGAAUUUACGGCACUGCUCAUUAUAUGUGGAUUUCGGAUAUCCGAGUUCUCUAUCUCCGGUUUGACUUCCUCUACUGGAUUUCUUGGCACUAUGGAUCUCGUUGAAAGAGGACCAUUCUCACAACUUGGACGUUUUGAUCCUCAUGAUGGCUGCAGACAUAUUACCGAGGACCUUGAACGCUACGUGAACAAACUGCCAGUUCAAAGAUGCAUUGAUUAUUCAUUGGGUAUACUGCGAACGCCAAAGCGUGGGGGCCGUCGCAUCAUCAUCCCUGCGGCAACAUCAGCUGAAAGUGAUGGCCCCGCUGGCUUCUGCGCUUGGAUGGCUUGGCCUUCUGCUGCUCAACUCGAUCAGAUCAAAUAUACUCUGGAGCAAUUAUUAUCCAUCUCAGGUGCUGACAUACUGGAGUACUCGAUUGAAACGACGGUAGACAUCGAAUACGAACGGGAGACAAUGGAAAGAGUCAAUCCAGACUUUUCUUUAGGCAUGGAGAAGAUUCAUCAGACAGUGCUAGUUGCUCAUGCAUUGGCCGCCUUGCAGCCAUGGGGUUUACUCCCUGUUUUGCCAACUCACUUCGCCGAGGCAUUCAAGCCAUUUAUUGCUCCGUUUGUUGGUUCACGCCUAGAGACCGUGACUGUCCUCCAGGAGCGCAUGUGUGACAUGAGACUGAAACCGCUCCCUGGUUGGGAUACUAUUGAGCAGCAGGCGAUGGCACUUUCUCAAAUGGGAGACAUCAAGACCAGCUUCUUUUCAGCCUCCAACAGCCCCUGCCGCCAGUAUUUCAAGGCAAUGAAUAUGGUUUUCGAUGCAUAUAGGCUCCCUCUCGCAGACGUGAGAAACAAGCUGGCAGCCAUUGCGGCAUCAAAACUUCUGGAGGGUGAUAAACUGUCAGAACUCUUCGUUGAUAACAUGGCAAUCCAUUUAGGCCAUGCCCUCCUCGGGCACAGGCUUGAGGACCAGAGGCUUGCCGAGGAGGAGCAGAGCUGGAAUGCGCUAGCCGACGGUAUGCGCGCCGUGGGCGAGUUGAUGCAGUCACACAAGGCCGACGGACCAUUUGUGCUGGGUGCCCAGCCGACCUACACUGGCUUCUUUAUUGCUGGGUCACUCCAAUCUGCGAGGGUGGUUCAUGAGAGUGGGUUCCACAGGAUUUCCAAGUACCCUGGUUAUAAGGAGAUUUAUGAAGCAUGUCUGCCUUAUAUGGAUAAGAAGGAUUGA